ACCCAGCUCCCAGGAAGUAAAAGACCGGACGUUGCGUGGCAGUAGACCGGUAUAACACCAAAUGGCCCGUUCCUCUCGAAGCCUAAGUCUAAUCACACACCGACUCGUCCGCUCCCACAAGGCUUUGCUGUUCAGUCCUCCUCCUCAGCCCUAGCUAGCGCCUCGGCUCUCUCUCUAUGUUUAAUUCAUUUGCUGAUCUGCCAUUGGGCUGAAAUGGCGUAGCUUUACCCGUGUACCUCCCCUCCUACCUGGGACCAACACACCCGGAUCCCGAUGCACACAAUCGGAUAACCACAGGACAAAACGAGCGAUCCCAGAUGAAAGUGUGCUAAGCAGCGGCUGUGGACCAGGUCAUACGCGUCGUGACGUCGUCUGGGGGUAAAAGAUGAAGCUGAGGAAACAGGUGACCGUGUGCGGCGGUGCCAUAUUCUGCGUGGCGGUCUUCUCGCUCUACCUCAUGCUGGACAGGGUCCAACAUGACCCCGCGAGGCGACAAAAUGGAGGAAACUUCCCCAGAAGUCAGAUCUCUGUGCUGCAGAACCGGAUUGAACAGCUGGAGCAGCUGCUGGAGGAGAACCACCAGAUCAUCAGCCACAUAAAAGACUCUGUGAUGGAGCUCACGGAUACGGGCGCCGUGUCGCCCAGCGGCCACCUGCCCUUCCGCAGUGCCAACGGCUCCUGGGUGCUGCCCUUCGACGGACGGCCCUCCUUUGUCGCCGUCAAGUCCCAGGACUGCCAGGUCGCCGUGGACAACCAUGGACAGAGUGACCUCCAGAUGCUGGAUGUGUACUCCCUGCUGAAGUUCGACAACCCUGACGGCGGCGUGUGGAAGCAGGGCUUCGACAUCACGUACGAACCGGAAGAGUGGGACAAGGAGCCUCUGCAGGUGUUUGUCGUCCCCCACUCGCAUAACGACCCCGGAUGGAUCAAGACGUUUGACAAGUACUUCCUGGAGCAGACGCAGCACAUCCUGAACAACAUGGUGCUGAAACUUGGCGAAGACCCCCGCCGGAGGUUCAUCUGGUCGGAGAUCUCCUACCUCUCCAAGUGGUGGGAGGGCGCGGACAAGCAGAAGAGGGAGGCCACACGCAAACUGGUGAAGUCGGGCCAGCUGGAGAUCGUUACUGGCGGAUGGGUGAUGACAGACGAGGCAAACGCGCAUUACUUUGCCAUGCUAGACCAGCUCAUCGAAGGACACCAGUGGCUGGAGACCAAUCUGGGUGUGAAACCCCAGUCAGGGUGGGCCAUCGACCCCUUCGGCCACAGCGCUACCAUGGCCUACCUGCUGAAGAAGGCCAACCUGACCAGCAUGCUGAUCCAGAGGGUCCAUUACUCCAUCAAGAAGCACUUUGCUUCAACGCGCAGCCUGGAGUUCAUGUGGAGGCAGUCCUGGGACAAAUCGUCGGACUCUGACAUCUUCUGCCACAUGAUGCCCUUCUACAGCUACGACGUGCCCCAUACCUGUGGGCCCGACCCGAAGGUGUGCUGCCAAUUCGACUUCAAGAGGCUACCGGGGGGCCGGGUCAACUGCCCCUGGAAGGUGCCCCCCAAGGCCGUGGUGGAGGCCAACGUAGAGGAGAGAGCAAACCUACUGCUGGACCAGUACCGCAAGAAGUCCAAGCUGUUCCGCAGCAAAGUGCUCCUGGUUCCCCUGGGUGAUGAUUUCCGCUACGACAUGGCUCUGGAAUGGGACCAGCAGUUCUCCAACUACCAGCGCCUCUUCGACUACAUGAACGCCCACCCCCAGAUGCACGUCAAGGCCCAGUUCGGGACCCUGUCGGAGUACUUCUCAGCAGUGUACAAAGCCGGGGGCGUGGCCCAGGGGGCGCGGCCCGCAGACUUCCCGGUGCUCAGCGGAGACUUCUUCGCCUACGCCGACCGCGAGGACCACUACUGGACGGGCUACUUCACCUCCAGGCCCUUCUACAAGAGCCUGGACCGCGUGCUGGAGUCUCACCUCAGGGGUGCGGAGAUCCUGUACAGCCUGGCGCUGGGCCACGCCCGUCACGCGGCCAUGGAGGGCCGCUACCCGGUGGCGGACUACGCCCUGCUGGUGGACGCCCGGCGCACCGUGGCCCUGUUCCAGCACCACGACGCCAUCACCGGCACGGCCAAGGAGAACGUGGUGGUGGACUACGGCGCCAGGCUCCUGCGAUCUCUCAUCGGUCUGAAGCGCGUGAUUAUCAACGCCGCGCACUUCCUGGUGAUGAAGAACAAGGAGUUUUAUCGCUUCUACCAGACGGAGCCCUUCCUGGAGACGGACGACCGGCGCGCCACCCAGGACUCUCUCCCCCAGAAGACCCUCAUCGAGCUGGACUCCACUGGACCCAGGUACCUGGUGUUGUACAACCCCGUGGAGCAGGAGCGGCUGUGUGCCGUCAGCGUGCUGGUGAACACCGCCCACGUGCGCGUGCUCACGGAGGACGGGCAGACCCUCCCCGUGCAGGUCAGCGCCCAGUGGGCGUCGCCCAUCCAGAUGAGCUCCGAGGUCUUCAAGGCCACCUUCAUGGCCCGUCUUCCCGCCCUGGGCCUGGCCGUGUUCCACCUGUACAACAUGGCGGACUCGCCCAUGACGCUGCGCUCCGACACCCUGCUCCGCCUGCCGGGGGCCGGGGUCAGCGCCCGGGCCGUGGACCCUCUGCCCGUCCGCUCCCAGCAGGCCGACCCCCAGCCCUUCUUCAUCACCACCCAGUCCCUCACGCUGGGCUUCUCUGGGACCACCGGCCUCCUGGAGAGCAUCCGCCUGAAGGACGACCCACAGGAAGUGAAGGUCCAGAUGCACUUCCUGGUGUACGGCACACGGCCCUCCAAGGACAAGAGCGGGGCCUACCUCUUCCUGCCCGACGGCACGGCAAAGCCCUACGUCCAGAAGGAGCCUCCGGUGGUCCGGGUGGAAGAGGGACCCCUCUUCUCCGAGGUGGUGUCCCACUUCCAGCACUUCCAGCAGACAGUCCGUAUCCACAACGUGCCCGGCAUGGACGGGCUCUCCGUGGAGCUCAGCACGGCGGUGGACAUCCGGGACCAGACCAACAAGGAGCUGGCCAUGCGCCUGGUGACGGACAUCCAGAGCGGAGACGUCUUCCACACCGACCUCAACGGCUUCCAGAUGCAGGCGCGCCGGCAGUUCCUGAAGCUGCCGCUGCAGGCUAACUUCUACCCCAUGCCGAGCCAGGCCCUGAUCCAGGACAGCCAGCACCGCCUCAGCCUGCACUCGGCCCAGGCCCUGGGCGUGGCCAGCCUGGAGAGCGGCCAGCUGGAGGUGAUCCUGGACCGCCGGCUGAUGCAGGACGAUAACCGUGGUCUGGGCCAGGGCCUGAAGGACAACAAGAAGACCGUCAACCGCUUCCGCCUGCUGCUGGAGCGCAGAGACACCGGCAACGCUAGCCGUCUGCUCGCCAAACUGGUCGCCAUGUUUCGCUCGCUCCUCCCUCUGGCCCUGAGGAGGGGCGGGGCUUCAGAGAUGACGGACAGCGGCGCGCCGGCCUUCCCGUCGCUGCUGGGCCACCUGACGGGCGCGGUCCUGAACCACGAGGUGCUGGCGCUGCCCGUGCUGCCCAAGAAGCGCGGCGUGCCGCAGUUGCAGACCUUCUGCCCGCUCAGGGAGCCGCUGCCCUGCGACUUCCACCUGGUCAACCUGCGCAGCGUCGUCAGCCAGGAGGACCCCAACUCCCCGUCUCCCUACACAGCCAUGAUCCUGCACCGUAAAGGGAUGGACUGCAGCCUGGAGAGUCCGUCUCUGGGCUUCAACUGCUCCACCACGCAGGGACAGCUGGGCGUGUCGGGUCUGCUGCGGGGCCUGGACCUCCAGCUGCUGCAGCCCGUGUCCCUGACCCUGAUGCACAGCGCCUCCCCCCUGGCCAACGACUCCAGCAUCAGCCUGAACCCCAUGGAGCUCUCCGCCUUCAAGCUCAAGCUGCGCUAAGGACCGCCCCCGACCCCUCCUCCCCCCCUCCCCUCACCGCCGCCGCCCUCCUCCGUCCUCCACGGCACGCAAUAACAGCCCCCGCCGCCCAGACUGCACACGCAGGCUCCUGGCCUCGGGGGCCCCCCCCCCCCCCCCCCCCCCCCUGGUGGACAUAUUUUAAGAUGCUGGGGGUCUAGGGGUUGUGGUGGCGGUGGCGGCGACGGUGGUGGGGAUGUUUUGGGGUCCUCUGUUUAGGAGCACGAGCAGAACUUCCCUAGAACUGAAGCCCCUGGAGUGGAGCUAGUUCUUACUGGACCCCCCCCCCCCUGGACCAAUUAGAGGCCGGGCGACAGGAAGUGGAUCACUGUUUGCUCCGCCCUCCCUUGCGAAGCGGCCAAACCCUUUUGGAAUAUGCAGCCAAUUGUGGAGGAGUAAAAGACUAAAGCGGGCGGAAGUGUUGAAAUCUUCUUGGAUAAUUGUGGGUUAUUGUUUCACUGCGAUGGUUCCCAGCAGGGGAGGGGGUGCCCUUCAGACCUUCGUGGGCAGGACUUGAACCGACGCGUUGACUUGUUAAUCCCCAGACUUAACUACUGAAUGUACAUACAGCUUCGGGAGACUCCACUGCAGAGUGCAAUCACAUCGCUCCCUCUCCUUCUUUUUUCAUCAUCUCUCGUCCCCCGACCAAUUCACGUUCCGUGACGAGGAAGUCACGGGCACACACAGUGUCCGGUUCUAAAAUCUGUGAAUCGUUUUCUCUUUUUUCUUUCCAAAUCAAACAAAUGAUUGUAUGAAUGUAUGACUGUGUGAAUGUGUGUUCACUCUUCGAGCCCCUGGGUCCAAAGCUCCGUGGUUUAUCCCCGCUCUCUCUGUGUCUGGUGACAGCGACCAUUCUUGUUUCUGUCCUCUGGUUUUCAUUUGAUUCCCCCCCCCCCCCCCCCCCCCCCUGGUCUCAGGAGUCUUGCGAUGAAUCACUGUCCUUUGUUUUGUUUUUUACUAGCUGUAAUUUAAAUUUUCUCGGAGGCCAUCCGUGUGUUUGUGCAAACGAGAGCCGGCCCAACGUACCGCACCGCAGUAUAACAACCAAGGAAGAGACGACGACCGCUCCCGGGGCCGCGCGUCUUUGUUUCUCUCCAGUGUUUCCAUGUACGUCCGUGUGCAUGUGUGUAGCGGAGGGAGGGAAUCUGUUUCUCAACACCGGGGAGGGGAGUAGGGUAUGUAUUAGGAGCCGAUCACUCUCAGUUAGGCCGUCCCUUCACUGGGCCGGACCCAAACAUGUGCCAUUGGUUUUAGUCAGACGUAGCAGCAGUCCUGCUAAAGCUAGCCGGACCCUGAGUCUAUUCCACGCCACGGUCGGCCCCCAUGGAGCAAGCCGCCAGGUGGUAUUAAUGUUUCAACGUGUGUUUUUACGGUCCACGGUAGUACAGGUCUCAUGGCGGUCGUUGAUAAGCGGCCGCUCCUCUUUACAGUCCAUUUGUAGCCUUCACAGCAGCAUUAGCCUCUAAGGCCUUAGCAACAGUUUGCUGAAGACACACAGACACACAUAGACUCACACACACAUACAGGCGCACACACACACACACACACACACACACACACACACACACACACACACACACACACACACACACACACACACACACACACACACACACACACACACCCCUCCCCAAGUCCCAGUGCGUCUGUCUAGCACCGUGUCACUGUGGCAGAGCUGCCCACACACCUAAUGGGAGGAACGUUGGGUUAACACACCCACAACAGUACUUCACUCACUCAUUCACUCUCAUUCCAGAUCCGUGCUAUGCAUCAGCCAAAUCGUUCUUUCACCCACACCAUUCCACGCUUAGCACUUUAUCGCCCGGCCUCUCAUCAACCGCAGUGUCGAUAUUGCACACAUUUUGUGAAAUUGGACUUUUUGCUGGAUUCCCCUGUUUCUGAUGUCCUUGUGUGUAUGUGUGUGUCGGGAGUGUGUACAUCUUGUUUUUAUGUGAAAUCUUCGGUGUAGCGCUGUUAGUUGGGUUGGACUGUGAAAGACUGAACUCCUUGAUAUUUAUUUUCUCUCUUGACUAUCAGUGGAAAUAAAGGAAUAAUUGAACAUAAGGGAUUGGGGUAUGAAUAAAAGAUCUACUGAACAAUA